AUGCUCACGUACCGCGUGGAUGCCGACAAGGGCUUCAACUUCUCCGUGGGGGAUGACGCCUUUGUGUGCCAAAAGAAGAACCACUUCCAGGUCACGGUCUACAUCGGCAUGCUUGGAGAUCCCAAGUAUGUGAAGACCCCCGAGGGCCUGAAACCCUUAGAGUGCUUCUACCUGAAGCUGCACGGACUAGAGGCCUUGAACCAGUCGAUCAACAUAGAGCAGUCGCAGUCCGACCGCAGCAAACGGCCCUUCAACCCCGUCACGGUCAACCUGCCUCCAGAGCAGGUCACCAAGGUCACUGUGGGGCGGCUGCACUUCAGCGAGACCACGGCCAACAACAUGCGAAAGAAAGGCAAACCCAACCCUGACCAGAGGUAUUUCAUGCUGGUGGUGGCUUUGCAGGCGCACGCGCAGAACCAGAACUACACGCUGGCCGCCCACAUCUCUGAGCGCAUCAUCGUCAGAGCUUCAAACCCCGGCCAGUUUGAGAGCGACAGCGACGUGCUCUGGCAGCGGGCACAGCUCCCUGACACCGUUUUCCACCACGGCCGCGUCGGCAUCAACACCGACCGCCCCGAUGAAGCCCUCGUGGUCCAUGGCAACGUGAAGGUCAUGGGGUCGCUGAUGCACCCGUCGGAUGUGCGGGUGAAGGAAGACAUCCAGGAGGUGGACACCACGGAGCAGCUGAAGAGGAUCUCCCGGAUGCGGCUGGUGCAUUACAACUACAAGCCGGAGUUUGCGGCCACGGUGGGCAUCGACAGCACCCCGGAGACAGGUGUCAUUGCUCAGGAGGUAAAGGAGAUCCUCCCUGAAGCUGUGAAGGACACGGGGGACUUGGUUUUUUCCAACGGGAAGACCCUGGAGAACUUCCUGGUGGUGAACAAG